AUGGUAGUCCAUAUGGAUAAUGGAUAUAACUUUUAUAUUGUUGUUGUUAAAACACUUGACGUUAAUGGUGACGUCGAGCAUCAUGUUGAUACUAUUAUCAAAGGAACAAAUGGUCAUACAGAAAGAUUGCCAUUGAUAUCAUCCCAAUCACAUAAAACAUCAUUUAAAGACAAUCAGACAGAUUUGUACAGUUUACAAUCGAGUGUCGAUGUUGGAAAAUUACUAUCGAUGGAAUUUCAUCCAAAAUCUGAUGCAAAUUUUAAAGAAUGGAAAUAUAAUAACGUCAUGAUCAUUAAAGGCACACGGGUCUAUCGUGAUAUAACUCCUCAACAUUCAUUAACAUCGUCGAAUGUAAGCGUAUCAGAUUUAGCUGAAAUCCUUGUUGAACCCCAUCAAAGUCUCUAUUAUGCAUUUAUCAAAAGUGGAAACUUUGAAUGUCCAAAAGGUUGUUAUCCAAUGUUGUCAUUAUUUGGAUUAAAUCAGCAAAGCAAUGAAGAUGUUAAAACAUCGUUAAGAAUGGAUUCACCAUCACUGAAUAAUGUCCAUGCUUUACAAACACAUCAGUUUGAUUGUUUUCAAUGGACAGAUAAAAAUAUUGGUAAAUUACACAAUAUGAGACUUCAAUUAUUUUCUGAAAAUAAAGGAGAUAAAUGUAAAUGGCCAGUUGAAUGGAUCAUUGUUCUUCAUAACGGGCACUAUUCUACAGGUACGCUUACAUAUGACCAGUCUUCAUUACCAACCGUCGGUGAAAAAUAUCACCAUGUUACAAAACAUUCGAUACUUCAACAAGGUUCAUCUUCCCCCAUCGUUCGACCAACAUCGCCAGCAAUACAACAAUCGAAUGCAUUGGUUGACCCUAGUACAAAAUAUUAUGUUAUUAUUAAAACAGCCAAUAGUUUACUGGGCGGUACAGGAACUAAUACCGAUGUUUAUAUAGAAUUUCACGGUCAGAUGGACUCGGGUGAAAAAUUAUUAAAUGUAUCAGAAACAAAUCUCACAGAUCCAUUUGAAAGAGGUCAAACAGAUUUAUUUCAUGUCAAAGCUCCGGACGUUGGGCAAAUUGAAAAAAUAUCGUUGCGUAUUGGUGGUGAUAACAGAAAGGAUGCGUGGACCGUUGAAUCGGUAGUAAUUAUCCAUAAUAACAAUGUAACGUUAUUUCUAAAACGAAAUGUUGAAUUGGAUAAAAAGAAACCAAAAAUUACUCUUACACCUGCAAAAUCAUCAUCCGAUGUACCAUUCGGCGAACAAUUAUCAAUAGGAAAGUCAAGGUAUUAUGCUGUAGUCCACACAGUUGACAAUAAUGACAGUGGAACUAAUAAUACCAUUACACUAGAAGUCAAAGGCACGCACGGGAUUAUUGGACCUAUUGAUUUAGCACGAUCAUUAUUACAGAAAGAUCCAUUUGAAAGAAACCAAAUUGAUAUAUUUCAAAUAGAUGAAAAAGAUAUUGGCGAACCGAUUUCUGCUGAUUUGACAUUACAGGAGGGUGGUACACAUUUAUCCAAAUGGCACUGUGACAAAUUUCAAUUUAUAAAGAUAAAUGAGUUUAUGUCAGAUUGGAAAUCGGUGGAGACGAUAUACCCAACAGAUACAAGAACAAUUUCGUUCAUUGAUGAUGUUUCUACAAAGAAGCCUGAUAUUUCCAUUACAACUACAUCUACCAUGCAUCGAUCAGGUGUACAUCAGCCAUCUACCCUUACUCAGCAAUCUUUUGGUGAGCAAUCUGUCUCACAUCUGUCUCAAUCUCUCGUGUCUAAUCAACAUCCAUCAGCUACCACCACAGCGCUAACAACCGUACAGACCUUAACAAUGAACAGCUCACCGACAAGCACUUAUCAUCAAGAACCGUCUAUAAACACAGUCCAUCAUGGUGAACCAUCAACAAGUAUGUACAGAAGUUCACGAUCAAAUAUCUAUCCCACAUUAGAUGGUAGUAAUAUGGACGUUCAGCUAUAUCAGCUGAAAAAUGCACGAGCCAAUACCGUUGAUGAAGCUUUAAAGAAUUAUCGUCACUUACGAUCUAUGCUGAGUCGAUUUGAAAGAGGACAAUCCUUGCCUAACAGCACAAGAAAACCAGCAAAAAGUGCAGAACGAAGAGAAAAUCAUCAAAAAAGAAAAAUAACAUCAGCUAAACGCGUGUACGCAGUUCAGUCAGAGUAG